AGGGAUUGACAAACUUCCAUGAUGUCUAUCAUUUCACCUGAACGCCACCAAGGAUAACAAUAUCACGGUGAACCGCCGCUUCCCACACCGCGACCCGCCAAUUACUUGGAAUUUCUCACUUCCAUCUGGUGUGCCAACUGUUACCUUUGCUACUUGCAUCCGUUUGUUCCAACUCGUAUCCAAUUCAACAGCCACAAUGGCAUCUCUCCGCUCUUCCUCCCGAGUCUUGGGCUCGGCCACCAAAGCCGCCUUCCGCCCUGCCGUCACCGUUCCUCGCCGUGGCCUAGCAACCCCCAGCGACCGCUUGCCCCGUACCAAGGAGCCAGAGAUGAAGAAGUUCACCAUCUACCGCUGGAACCCCGACACCCCGACUGAGAAGCCUCGCAUGCAGGAGUACACGCUGGACUUGAACAAGACCGGACCCAUGAUGCUAGAUGCGUUGAUCCGCAUCAAGAACGAGUUGGACCCUACUCUGACCUUCCGCCGAAGCUGCAGAGAAGGCAUCUGCGGUAGCUGUGCCAUGAACAUUAAUGGGCAGAACACGCUGGCUUGCCUUUGCCGUAUCCCCAAGGAGUCUUCGUCAGACAUUAAGGUUUACCCUCUGCCCCAUACCUACGUCGUCAAGGACCUGGUCCCCGACUUGACCCAGUUUUACAAGCAAUACCGUUCGAUUAAGCCCUACUUGCAGAGAACCACUCCUGCCCCUGAUGGCAAGGAAUACCGUCAGAGUGUCGCCGAUAGAAAGAAGCUGAGCGGCCUUUACGAGUGUAUCCUGUGCGCCUGCUGCUCAACUUCGUGUCCGUCUUACUGGUGGAACUCGGAGGAGUACCUCGGACCUGCCAUCCUUCUCCAGUCAUACCGCUGGCUCGCCGAUUCCCGUGACGAGAAAGCAGCGGAGCGCAAGGCCGCCCUUGACAACUCGAUGAGCUUGUACCGCUGCCACACGAUUCUCAACUGCACACGUGCCUGCCCCAAGGGCCUGAACCCUGGCAAGGCUAUUGCCGAGAUCAAGAAGCAGAUGGCUUUCUAAGAAGCUGGCGGUGUCUAGGUUUGGAGUCGUAAUCUUGGGCGGCGCGAUAUUGGCUGUAUACUAGGUAGUGUGUACUUUAUGAGCAUGGAUGGAGUUUGAACUCCUUGGACACACUAAAAAGGGGACUUUGAA